AUGCCAGAUGCCUCACAGGAACAACUCAACCACUCAAGCUCGAUCAAAUCGCGACUGCGCUCAGUGAGGCGCGUAGGUCGGCCCCGCAUCGAGGCCAACGGCCCGGCAAUCCUCUCGGAGGACCGGCGCACCCAGGUUCGGCGCGCCCAGAAGACAUACCGCCUCAAAAAGGAGGCGGUCUUUCGGCAAACUCUCGCUCGCGUAACAGACCUGGAGGAAAAGCUUCGCAGGCUAUCAGAUCAGGUUGCCAGCACCUGCGAGGCUGCUACUGAGGCGCGUCUGCAGCUGUCUCAUCCGGAUAUCUAUGCCCGCCUAACGCAAAUUCGUGGGGUGUUGAUCGAGCAAGAUAUAUUGGGUUACAAUUUUGAUCAAAGCAAAAGUAGCCGGGAGAUUCAGCAGGGGUCAUUUAGUCCGCCGCGGAGACGGCAGCAUUCAUUACCCCGACCUAUUUCGACCAAAGCUCAUACAUACUCAUUCCAAGAAGGGCGCUUUGCCCGUCGACUGCAGCGAUACUGCCUUGAGCACGCUUUCAAUUUGUUCAUCGAUCCCCGAUCGAAUCCCCAACAAGUGUACCGCGUGUUCCGUCUCGUGCCUUGCAUACAGGACAAAGCGAAGAUGCAACCGCGAUUCGAGCAAUUGCUACGAGGGGGGGCCGAGUCCCCACUCGAGGUUCCCGGUCUUCCAUUCUAUGGUGUUGGUGGAGCAGGUACGCAUUACCCCGACAAGGAUGAAUUAGGCACUCCGAUACAUCCGAAGAAUAUGAGGAUGCCUCGUCGAGUGCUAGGAAUUCUCCCAAGUAGCGGAUCUGGGGAUGAGUCGACAUCAUUGGGUGAUCGCGCUCGAUUGCUUGAGAUAUGUGGGCUCGGAGGCCAGUGGUUCGAUAGUCGGGACGUGGAAGGGUAUCUUACGCAGCAUGGGGCGGAUCUGCAGCGGCUGAGCUUGUUUCCCACAGUUCGAAUCGCGAAGGAACCUUUGAGACGGAUGCGCUCCAAUUAUGGUCUUUAUGCUUUAAACGUAGAGAAAUUCCUCUGGAGGCUUGCUCAUGGAUUCGUCAUUCUCGGGCGCGCUCCCGGGUUCAGAAUGAUCGAUGUCAACGCUGCUUUUCAUGCUCCUUCAUCAAAAGCAACUACCAUGACAACCCUCCAAAAUCAAGUCGCCGUCGAACCGCUCGGUCCCGACCGAUACAUCUCGCUCCUCCCGCCCACGCGCAUGGGCGACCUCGCCGACUGGGUCUACGGCGGCAACAUCCUCGCCAUCGCUAUCAGCGCAGCCUACGCCACCACCAACCCCGGUCACCACCUGUAUUCACUGACCGGACACUUCGUCCGGCCCGCGAGCCCCUCCCUCAAGCUCAUCUGCCAAGUCGAACGCAUCCGCGACACGCGGAUCUUCCAAACCCGACAUCUCCGCGUGUACCAGGAAGGCCCCACCGGCGAACAGCUAUGCCUCCUUGCGACGGCCGACUUUCACGUCGAGGAGACGCUCGAAAUGGUGAAUUAUUCCGCUCGUCCGCAAUCCGCACACUUCGACGCUGUUCCAGGCGCUACAGCCGGGAUCCAAGAAUCGGGACUAUAUAAAUACAUCAACCGGUACAUGGAGGUGCAAGCCCUUCCGGCCACCAACCGGAAAUCCGAAGGAGAUAUCACUGGCAUCAUCUCUGCUGAACGCUUCCGCCUGCAGACCCCGCUGGGGAGCGAACCCGCUCAGCUCGCCGCGCUGGCGUUCUAUAUGGACCGCGGCCUCGCGUACAUCCCCGCCAACCAUGCGGGCCGGAGUCUGCUGGAUGCGAGUGCCUGCGCGACGUUGGACUUUGCGUUGCGGGUGAUGACACAUCGGGUGGAUGUAGGGGAGUGGCUGGUUAGUGAGCAGCAGACGUGUGCGGCAGGGGGUGCGCGGGCGGUUAGUGAGGGGAGGGUUUUCGAUGAUGGGGGCAGUUUGGUUGCUGUGAUGACGCAGACUACGAUUUUGAGGCCGAAACUGGGUGAGAGGGCGAAGGUUUGA